AUGAUAGUGAACUUCAUUCGAGCAGUGGAAGAGCCCAUCGAACGAAUUCGUCUGUCUGUCAGUCGGAGGGAAUUCUGUCCGAUGGGCCUCUUCCACUACUCGAAUGAAGUUCACUUCUUCAUAAGCGUUGUUUCCCCAAAUGUCUACUACAUCCUGUCCGAAUUUGGGGAGCAUUUGGAUAAGUGUAGCCAUCUCAGAUUCAUGUCCGAAGAGGAGCCUGUUCAAGGGGCUCUUCAGUAUCAGUCAACUACAUUAUAUAUUCUGUCCGAUGAGGGCCUCGGAGUGUCCGAAUGA